AUGGAACUGAAGAUCGCUGAGGCGCCGCCCCAAUGUCUCAAGCUUCCUUGUGUCCAAAUGGAUGCCAGUAGAAGAACGGAGCGAGAUGAUCUGGUCCAAGCGUUAGCGAAGGACGAGCACGUGAUGCAGUCGACAGCGGACAACGUACUGGCGACGAAGAAGCGCAUCGAAUAUGGCGUCCAUCAGAUUUUAGUUGAAGUAGGCGAGUUGGUCCGCGCGCAGGGCUCAAGACUUAACAAGUCUGUUAGCGACAGAUUUGACAGCAUAGAGCUGAAGAUGAUCGAAAACCACGCCGCAGCUCUCAGCAACACCAGCGCCAAAAUCGAGUCAGAAAUGUCACAAGUUUGGCGACAGAUCGGCGUCAUGUACCAGCAAAUGACCGCCAACCAGCGGUCGUUGGAUAAACUCACUGAGCAGACCGACCAGUAUGUAAAUACCACCGCCACGACAUUGGACGGCAUGCAAGGCAAGGUAAUCAAUUAUAGACUGUAUGGCUUCACACAUAACGACCAUUAAUCUAAUUGUUUCUGU